CGUCAUGCGUGCUCCUGCCAAGUAGUCGGCCGAUGCGGAAGUAAAGCUUGAAAGUUGUUGAAGAAAAAUGGUGGAUAAGCAACUGAAAGAAGACUUUGUCAGUAAUUUGAAUGGUACCAGUCUUGUAGAGAUAGCCCUUGGCUCUUUACUUGCUCCAUUAUGUGUGGUCAGUCGAGGUCUGAUAAUAAUUCUGUGUUUCCUAGGAGGGCAGGCACUUCCACUUUCAAAGAAAGCCCAUUUCCUAGUGGACUUCAUGUUGAUUGUAAUUCCUCUUGUAAUGUCAUGCACUCUUUUAAGUGAUAUGCUCUUAAUGGUUAUUUUAAGUUUUUUGGUCAUCAGUUUAAGUUUAUUUCUCCAAGUGUACAACAAGAGAAGAUACUUUCUCCAAGACAGAUGUCUUCACAUUCUUAAAGUUUUUUUAGGAGCCAAUUUGGAUAGCAAAGUCAUUCCUUCUGUGACAGCAUUCCGUGUGCUUGUCAAUAUGAAGACUGCAAUUAGUAUUCUUGCUGUUGAUUUUGCAGUAUUUCCAAGACGGUAUGCAAAAACUGAAUCCUAUGGUACUGGUGUAAUGGACUUUGGUGUGGGUGCAUUUGUUUUGGCAAACUCACUGGUAAGUCCAGAAUCAAGACAGAAUAACAUUUCCAAGUCAAAACUGUGUCAUGUCAUAAAACAGUUGCUGUCAGUUUGGCCUUUGGCUGCUUUAGGAAUGGGGCGAAUAAUAAGCCUCAAAUUUGUUGACUACCAUGAGCAUGUCUCAGAAUAUGGAGUCCACUGGAAUUUUUUUUUCACACUUGCCAUUGUAAGAGUAGUGGCAUCUUCUCUCUUGACUUUUGUACCAGCUCAAAAAUCAUGGAUUUUUGCCUGCAUUAUUGGAGUUUUUUAUCAGACAAUUUUGGAAACAACGGGUUUAAAAUCCUAUAUUUUGCAAGGGAGUGACAGAGAAGAAGGGUUUAUAAGUGCCAACAGAGAAGGUUUGUUUUCAAUCUUUGGCUACAUCACUAUUUACUUAGCUGGAGUACAAAUUGGCUUGUAUAUUAUGGAAGAAAGAAAGCAAGUUAAAGAUUGGAUUAAAACAUUUCUCUGCCUUUCACUUGGAUGUGUGGGGCUAUUUUCAGUUUUAUUCAUAUGUCAGAGGUUUAUUGAACCUGUGUCUCGAAGAACAGCAAAUCUACCUUUCUGCAUUUGGAUAUUAGCCCAGUCGCUGUUUUUCCUAUGCUGCUUGAUAUGCAUGGAUCUCAUCUUGGUUUUUGCAAAACUGAUAUCCAGAUGUUCUCACGUACCUUGUUCAUGGACUGUUGGGUCAAUACCCUCAAGAAAGAACAGAAUUUCAUCAAGCAGCUCAGAUAAAGCUACAUUGGACAAAGAAAGAUGUCUUCUUCAAAGCAUAAAUAGAAAUCAGCUGUUCUAUUUCCUUCUGUCUAAUUUUAUGACAGGAUUAACUAAUUUAACUAUUGACACGCUCAGUCAAGGAGCACUGGUUUCCAUUUGUGUGCUUAUGGUUUAUAUGUUUAUAAACUGUUUUACUUUGUAUGUUUUACACCUUCAAGAAGUGUCUGUGAAGUUUUGGUAAACAAAAAACAAUAUAAAGAAAAAUCCAGUAUUUGAAUGUAUUUUUGUGAUCAUAUUUAAAGGUUGAAGAUAAAUUUUCCAAGGAUUAUGUCAGAAUUACCUGAUGUAUUAAUUUAUAAUCCUGUACUAGUUACAUAUCUUUGAAAAAAUAUUUCUGGACUUAAAAUAGCAAAAUUAUGUGAAUGAGUCAAAAGUGCUUUAAUACUAUAAUUUUACUACACCAUGAAGCCAAACAAAUUAUACUGUACCUCAUAAAUAACACUUGCAUUAAUCUAUUUAAAAUUUUUGUAACAUUAAAAUAUGUUACUGAAAGCAAGGUUAUGUUCAUGGUACAAAAAUCAUUUUUUUCAUCAUUCAUUUUUACGUAUAUACUUCAAUGUGCUAAAAAUUAUUUUUGUUUGUAAAAGUUAAAUUUCUUGCAAAGAAUUAUUCUUUUGAGUAACUUUGUCAGAGGAGCUACAUUAGAUUGUAUAUGGCAAAUCUCUACAUAUUUUUACAUUGUCUGGUAAAUUUGAAAAUAAAGUUGUUGCUCUUUAUUUAAUUUCUUGCACAGUCUGCAUGAACAAAACUUGUAGUAAUUAAUUAGGUUGCAAGAUAUGUGAGAUAAGUCAUGCAUUUGUGUGUAUUAUUCAGUGAUGUGGUAUCCAUACUUGUACAACAAUUUGGGAUUUAAAGCCUGCCUCUGACCUGUCCCUGCUGUGGGCGAGUACAGUUAUAAAUUACCCAGAAUUAUUUUACUGUAGGUUUGGAAAAUAAUUUUUAAAAACAAAUUACUACAUUUGACAUUAUUUUGCUUCUAUUUUGCCCUGUCAAAAAAGUACUUUAUUUUUAACCAAAUUGAUUAAAAAUCUUACCAAAAAAACAAUACUUUUCCUGAAGUUAGAGUAAGAUAUUGAUUCCAAGUGCAUUUUUACAGAGUGAGCACUAAUCUUUGUGGCAUAUGUAUAAAUGCUUGUAGAGUAAUAUUUGUCUUGAUUUGGUCAUCUGAGAAAAAAACAUAGUCAUAAAAUGGGCAUAAAAUAUAGUCUGUUUACAUUGAAUGCUUUAUUGAGUAUAUUACUGAAAAUACAUUUGUAAAUAACCUGUUUUUUCAGAAUAUAUUAUUGUUUACUCUUUAAAUGUUUUGUUUUCUUACAUAGUACUUCCUUUGUGUGUUUUAAACUCAACAUUGACUGAAGAAAAAGCAGUGUUUAAAGUAAUGUUUCUUUUAAGAUGUAUUUUUCACUUACAUAAAGGAAUUAACAAUGCUUGGAGUACAGGAAAACACAGCACAGUGAACAUUUACUUGUCAUCAGAAAUAAUCGCAUGCUGCCCUGAGACCACUGUAAUGCAUAUCAGGGUUUCAUUUUUAUAUGCUGCUAGAAUAUACUGUUUGCACUAAUGCACAAAUAAAUGGGAACAAAAGUUUUCACUUGCCUUUUGACAAUGAGUUUAAAAUCUCAUACAUACCCUGGGGCUCAUAGCACUGUGGAAAUAUUUUAUAUAUAACAGGGGCCAGCACACAUUUUGGUGCCCUACAUGUUAGACCUGUUUCUGGGUAUAUUUGACCUGCUGAUUCCAAAAAUGGCCCCAGUUUUCCCCUAUCAGCUCUAGUUUUUGAGAUACAGAACAUAUGCCAUAUACCACUCUUCACUUGGCUCACCCAUAAAAAGUCACGAUAUUUUA